AGCGUGACGCAACUACAAAGUAAAAAUCUCCAUUUUGAAAAAAGAAAAAAGGAAUCGUCGGUAGGGGCGUGAGAGAAAUAUUUUAUAGAUAGUGGGAAAAAAGGAGCAAACGGUGUUUCAAAAAAACUAAGUGAGUUUUGUAUGCGUCGAAAAGGUGUGGAUACACGUUUUUUCUGCUGCUGAAAUGGGAAACUGUCAUACCGUUGGACCAAACGAGGCCCUUGUGGUUUCAGGUGGCUGCUGUGGCUCAGAUCAGAAGACUUAUGUUGUGGGAGGCUGGGCUUGGGGCUGGUGGCUCGUCUCUGACAUCCAGAGGAUAACGCUUGAGAUUAUGACCCUGCAGCCCAAGUGUGAGGAUGUAGAGACAGCGGAGGGUGUAGCUAUUACUGUCACUGGGGUGGCUCAGGUGAAGGUGAUGACUGAAAAAGAACUGCUCGGUUAUGCCUGCGAACAGUUCCUGGGAAAGUCAGUCAUUGAGAUCAAGAGUGUUAUCCUGCAGACCCUAGAGGGUCACCUGCGUGCUAUCCUUGGCACGCUAACUGUUGAGCAGAUUUACCAAGACAGAGACAAAUUUGCCUCCUUGGUACGAGAGGUGGCAGCACCUGAUGUUGGCCGCAUGGGUAUCGAGAUUCUCAGCUUCACCAUCAAGGAUGUAUAUGAUAAAGUGGACUAUCUGAGCUCGCUGGGUAAAACUCAGACAGCUGCAGUACAGAGGGAUGCAGACAUCGGAGUAGCAGAGGCAGAGAGAGAUGCUGGCAUUAGGGAAGCUGAAUGUAAGAAAGAAAUGAUGGAUGUCAAGUUCAUCGCAGACACCAAAAUGGCUGACUCCAAAAGAGAGCUGGAAAUGCAGAAAGCUUCUUUCAAUCAGGAAGUGAACACAAAGAAAGCUGAGGCUCAACUGGCAUAUGAGCUACAGGCAGCUAAAGAGCAACAGAAGAUCCGUCUGGAGGAGAUAGAAAUUGAGGUGGUGCAGAGGAAAAAACAGAUCAAAAUUGAGGAAAAGGAGAUUGAACGCACUGAAAAGGAGCUCAUCGCUACUGUGAAGAGACCUGCCGAGGCAGAAGCCUACAAGAUGCAGCAGCUGGCUGAAGGCCAGAAGAUGAAGAAGGUGCUGACAGCACAGGCAGAGGCUGAGAAGAUCCGCUGUAUUGGUGAGGCAGAGGCUGCCUCCAUUGAAGCUGUGGGGAAGGCAGAAGCUGAGAAGAUGAGGCUGAAGGCCGAAGCCUACCAGCAGUACGGCGAUGCUGCCAAGACCGCCUUAGUCCUGGAGGCUCUACCCAAGAUUGCUGGUAAAGUGGCUGCACCUCUGUCCAAGACCAAUGAGAUUGUCAUCCUGAGUGGAGAAGGCAGCCGUGUAACUGGUGAAGUGAACCGUCUAUUAGCUGAACUCCCGGUCUCAGUCAAUGCCCUCACUGGGGUGGAUCUCACCAAGAUACCUCUGCUCCAGAAGAUGACCACCCCACAGAGCCAAGCAGCCUUCUGAUGAAGCAGGCCUGGGACUCGUUAUUCUCAAUCAUUUGCUGUGUAUCUGCCUCAAGCAUGAAAACUUUGUUUAGCCCAUGACCCAUUAUGCAACUGCCUUUGACCAGAAACACUUGACACCAAAUCAGAGGUUUUUUAUAUUUUUAAGAGGUUUUUAAUUUUCUAAAGGUGAAAAUAAUGGGGCCUUACCUCUGAAAGAUCAGAUUGUAUGUAUUUUCUGUUGUUUUUAGUUCUUGUUUUAAACACGUUCACCCUUAAUAUUCUGCACUAGUUAGCCAGGAUUAUAUGCUGCAGUUCUUCGCAGUCCUACUAAAUCCUUCAUAGUUUAAAAAAGUCCAGAUGCAAAGUAGGCGAGAGAAAUUCAGACACGGAGAACUAAUCAGAAUACUGUACUCCUCUCCAGAGCUUUCUAAGUAUAUGCCUGGAAUUCAUGCAUAUGUUCCUGUCUGAUGUGUUGACAUUCAUUGAUGAUUGGAAAUGGAGCAAUAGGUGCUCCUGCCUCUUAAUUCCACAGUCAUUCAAUGCUCAGUUGUUGAAGUAGUUUGCAGUAGACUGAACAGAGUGUGUAAUUCCCUCUUUGCUUUUAAACAGACUUCUUAAAGGUUAGCGUGAUAGAUCUUCAAACUAUUGUUGUACUCACCGUGAUUAUAUAGAUACAAUGACACGUUACCUGUUACCAGUCACUUGUAUGAUAAGGCUUACCUCGCAGGAUGUUAUGUUGUCUGUCUUCUUACUCCUAUGUGCAGUGCCUGUUCACCACUCAAGUGCCCAAACCAGACGAAAGCGGUUUGGCUUUAGUUGGAUUUCUGUCUGACUGUAUCACUGUUAUAGAUGAAUGUUGUUUGUUCUAUGCGUAUACUGACAGCAGUGCUCCCGCUUCUCUUUUGUCACGUGUUUGGACAUGUCAGCAUAAAACAAAGCCAUAUUUGGAAAUGAUUAGCCCAAACAGUGACCCUGCAUGCCCACCAAGGCUACUGAACAGUUCUGUAUUACCUCAAAUGGCAUGUGGUGGACAUUCAGGGUCUGAGCUUUUUUUGUGUGUGUGUGUGUGUAAUUUCUUUUGUCCUGUUCCCCCGCCUCGGAUAAACUGUUAGUCUUGCUAACAUAUUUCCCAGAUGUCACUUGUGUGAUUGUGUUAUUUGUAAUUUAAGGAGAAACUCCACAGUGAUGAAGGAAAAGCAUCGUCGCUCUGACCUCUGUGGGUUAAGUUUCCAGUGCACCUAGUCUGUGAUGACAAAGCAGGAAUGUUACAGUCAGUUACAAGUCGGGAAACAAGCAGGUGAUUUGAUUGUAAACACUGUAGGCAGUGUUUGUGCUCAGGUUUGUUCUCAGUUUGAUGAAAGCAAAGUGAAGUUCAUGUUGGGGUCUGAGCAGCUGGAUCUGUAGCUGUUUCUGCUGCUGCAUGUCAAAGUAAAACAUGAUUUUAUUUUCAUGUCAGAUUUCUACUGUAGUCUGUUACUGUGAUAGAAAAUGAAACAUUUCUUUAAACAUGUUCCGAUCUUGGCAAGUUCUGCGCAACCUUGAGAUGAUAAACAAUUAAGAGUUUCACAGGUUUAAUCAUUGCUUGUAGAUUUGGUUACCCUGUUGUAAGGUUAUAUAAAUUCAUUCACCUUUAUACAAAAGUCAGUGUUCAAAGUAAUUGUUCAGUAUCAGAAGUUUUGACAUGUACUUGCAAGUUUCAACCUCUAGAUGGCAGAAUCUUAGCAUGAUUUGAGUCUCAGUGAGUCCUUUGUUGCUACAUGUCCUAAAUCUAAAUGUACUUUUAUACCAUCCUUCUCUGCUUUCCCAAACCAGCUUAUUGUGCACAGCUGGCCUGCCGACCUCUGAAUUAAUUUUGUGCCUCUCAUAAACAAUAUUGUGAACAUUCAUUAACCACUUUUCCAAAUCUGUGACCAUAAUGGUUUUUUUUUUAAAUUGCCAGUGAUCAUUUAUCGUACUGUUUCUCUUCUCUGUGAAAUAAACACCGUCCAUGUGGCUCUUUUGGUCUGUGGCAAAUUUCAUCUUGUUUCUGUUUUUUCCCACAUUAAUGUUACAGUUCCACCUGUUGUUAAAGUGUUGUAUUUGUGCCUGAAACACAGUUAUGGUGAACCUUUUGAUGUUUAAUGUUUCUACUGUGAGAAGCCGCUGUUUACCGAUACAGGUCAUUCAGACCUGUCAAAGAUCAGCUGAUAAUGAAUUCACUGUCCCGUUUGAAGCCGGAGUGCAGAUUUCACUGCAGUGUGGAUGAGUGAGAGUCGUCAUUUUAAUUCAGCUGGACAGCAGAUGACUGGCAGUUUUCUUCUUCACUCAGGCGCGACACUGCCUCUUACUGCUGGUCAUACGGCCAAAUGUGGCUGAUCAUGAAAAUUUCCAAAAUUUCACCAAAAGUACUCACCUAAAAGUAGAAUGUCUUUUAUUUUAUGUCUGCUUCAGUCAGCAGGUAACGGAGGUGUUACAUGCAAGUUGCCGUUGAAAGUCAUAUCAUUGUAACAUUUACCAACGGCACCAUUUCUGUCUGCAUAAGACAUUGUAUCUGAACAAAAUGGUUAACAACUUCUUAUUCUUUGCAUUGCUCCUUUUAUUUAGACAGAAUUCUGUACACAGUGCCUUUGUUGAAUAAUGUUGGUCUACUUAAAUGUGCAGAUAGUUGAAUACCAUUCAUACACUUGGAAAUACUGACGGGAUGAUUUGUUAUACUUUUGUUUUAGAUUGUUCAAACUCUAUUAUACCUGUACUUUAACAUCUAUCCUACUAAUGUAUAUUGGAACACACACAAGUAUAUAUGUAUGUAUUUAGAUGAUAAAUGAAACAUUCUAGCAUUAUUCUUUUGUAACCUGGACCUCUUGAAGGUCAUUCAUUAUUUUGGCCAGCAAAUGUAGGAUAUGAUACCUACAUUUGCUUUGUCUUAUCAAUGUAGUGGCAACCUCUGAGUAGCAUUUGAGAGGAGAAUGACCAAACAUUAUGCCUUAACUCCUGUCUUCAUGUGAAACAUGUCCAUCUGUCAGAGAUAAAAUGUAACUUCUAUAAAAUGAUAUUGUGAAUAUAUUUCUCAUGGUCUUGGAUCCAGCAUGGCAUUUUAAGCAUGUGUCCAUGUUAUUCUGCGUUGUGUUCCACGCUCUAAAUAAAUGUUUUACCACUU